AAACGUUCAGGUAAGUUUUUAGCCCUCUCUUAAGUAAAACAACAGCAAGUUAAUGUAAUUUCAGAAUGUAUCCGCGUAGUAUACUAUAACUCAUAUUCAGACUAUAUUUAGUGAGAAAAUGAAAACUUACAAACUAGGAUCAAACAAAAUAUACUUAUGUAAUGUUAAUGAUUAAGAAUGUAAUCAAUGGGGACUUGUAACUGCUUCUCUCCAAACACUCUUUCCACAAUUAUUUUUGGGAAUCAACUGUUUUGAAUAGUUUAAGCCACGUUUGAUUCUCUCAACUCAAUUAUUUCUUCUUAAACAUUCAGUUUUAAUUUAAGUACUUAGGAAAAUAAUUUUUUAAACCCUUAAAACCACAUCAUAAUCCAAAAACCAAACACAUCUUUCAAUCCAAAAAGAAAAACCAUUUCUCAAAAAGAAAAAGAGCAUGAGUAACGGUGGACGACAAAACAAGAACAAGGUAUUGAGAAUACUCUCAACACCUUUUAGAGCCUUAAACAAGUUCUACGUGAGAAGCAUCACCGGUUGCGUAGCUAGGACUCAUUAUUACUCCUCCGCUUCGGUCUCUGAUCCUUUCUCAAGAAGCCGGAGCUCCUCCUCUGCUGCCUUCUCCUCCUCCGCAUCUUCCCGGAGAACCACGGACCUCGGGAUUGACGAUGAUUACAGCGAGCUAGUGAGAGCUGCGUCGGUUAGAAGUUUAGGGCACAAGAAUGAGAUCGACAUGUUGAUACAAGAGAAGCUGAAGCAAGGAGGCUUGCCGAAGAGCUCAAGCGUAGGGAUGGCGAGGAUAGAUGAAGAGGGAGAAGCAGAGGAAGGAUCUGUGAAUACAAAGACGAAGAAAGUCUCUGAUCUCUACCCUUGUAGCAAAUCCUAUGCUGUUACUGGUAGCCCUAAAUUUUAGUAUUUUUCUUGUUUGUCUUCGAUUUUUUCUUUAUUUUAGUAAUCUGUGGAUUGAUUAUGAUAUUUUUAGCUCGAUUCUGCAACAAGAAAUAAUAAUAUAAGAAGAACUCUUAUC